CAGCAGAGUCCAAUGAGCAUCGAUUGUUAAAGGGAAGAAGAGACAACUAACUUCUGUUGCAAUGAUGACAGCAAAGGUACCACAAAGUGGUACCUGGCUGCCCUGGUUGACCACCUGUAUCCUGGUUUUUGCUUCCCUAUUGCCACAGCUUCAUGGACAACCCACAAAUGAGACGAAUUCAAAUUGGAACUCUUGGACUGACGGUGUCUGCUCUCGGACUUGUGGAGGAGGUGUGAUGAAGUCUACAAGAACGUGUGAGGACAGAAGCAAUAAAGGUUGCCUUGGAAACAAAGUGAAGUACACAUCUUGCAAUACCCAGGAUUGUCCAGAUGACACCGAUUUCCGGUCACUCCAGUGUGCUGACUUCAACCAAAAACCUAUGAAAGACGUUUACUACGAAUGGGUCCCAUAUCUUGGCGAUGAUGCUGACAGAUGUGCCUUGGUAUGUUCAGCUGUGAACGGAACCUUGCGAGAAACCAUGAAGGGCAAGGUCGUGGAUGGUACCUCAUGUAAUGCACAUGGCACGGAGGUGUGUGUUGAUGGCACAUGUAAGAGCGUUGGCUGUGAUCGAGUACUUGGGUCUUCCAAAGCAGAGGACGCCUGCAGGAUCUGUGGAGGUGAAGGAAAACACUGCAAGACAGUCAAGAAGUCUGUGGAAACCACUAAACUCAAGAAUGGUUACAACGACUUCCUGGUUAUUCCAAGGGGCGCCACCAAUAUUCUGGUGAAAAAUCGAAAGGAUUCUGAGAAUCAUUUUGCUCUCAGAACUAACCGUGGAAAGUUCCUUCUCAAUGGUAAAUGGAAACUGGUGAAUUACUCCAAAUUCCACAGAUAUGGCACCACAUUCUACUACAUCAAUGAUGGUAAAACCCAACAGCUUUCUGCUGUAGGUCCUAUAAGUACAAACCUCAUUCUAGUGCUUGUCGUGAAGGAGAAGACAGCAGAUAUUGAGUACGAAUACUCAAUUCAGAAAGAGGGUGAAACUAGCACCGUGCUUCUGCGGCACCUUGAACCUGCGCCACCAUUGAAACAACUCAGCAGCACAUUGAAGCAAAGCAACGACAGCCAGAGUGUGUACAUCAGCAGCGAAAUGGGCGCUUCCCGCAUCAGACUGCGUCACCGCAAACCCGAGCUGGCCGUCAAUCCACCACGUGACCAAGAACCUCUGAUGCAGUUGACUGCGAAAGAAGCCGCGCGUGGCAGCGCCGACGGUGUUGACGACGACGGCAGUGAUGACGAUAACAUUGACGGCGAUUUUCCUGUCAAUGCCGAUGAUGAUGAUGAUGAUGAUGAUGAUCACAAGGUGACCAACAGGAAGUUCGCUUUUGUCCCCAUUGACCCGAAUCUAACUGUGACAGACGAUGUGCAAGGAUUAAGGCAGUACGAAUGGAAUGUCGGUGGAUGGACAGAAUGCUCAGUUUCCUGUGGAGCAGGUGUCCAGAGGCGUGUGGUGAUGUGUUAUGAUGUGUACAAGAGGAAAAAUGUCCCAGAAAGAUGUGAUCGUGCCAGCAGACCUGCGUCCACCAAGUCGUGUCGAGUGAGCUGCAAUAUUAAAAUUCGCUGGGUUGAAACUGGAUGGACAGAAUGUAGCGAAACCUGUGAUGGGGGUCAGAUGUCCUCUAUCAUGAAGUGUAUGGAGAUGUCAGGAAGCAGUGAGAGGCAGGUUGGAGAUAACCUGUGCAUAGAGAGGGAGGGAGCAGCCCGUCGCCUGACGAAGAAAUGUAACGAACAGCCCUGUGAGAGGAACCCAAGACCAGAGGUAUCUUGCUGGGAGACUCUCUAUGGGUGUUGCCCAGAUCGCAGGACUGCUGCCCAAGGACCAGGCCAUGCUGGAUGUUCCACCCCAACCAGUUGUGUUGACAGUUCUUACGGCUGCUGUCCUGACCGUGUAAGUUACGCGCGGGGUCCCAACUAUGCUGGCUGCCCUGGUUGUCAAAAUACUGACUAUGGAUGUUGCCCCGAUGGCGUGACCACAGCUGAAGGCCCAAACUACGCUGGCUGUUCCGCAGGAACAACUGCAGCAGAUCACUGUUCCUUAGAACACGACCGCGGUUCCUGUUCUGACUACACCCAGAAGUGGGGCUACGACCCUGAGACUAGAAGGUGCAAACAGUUCUGGUAUGGUGGUUGUGGAGGAAACGAGAACAGGUUCGAUAGCGAUGGGGAUUGCCUGAGAGCCUGCCGUGAUCAUAGCAGGAGAACUCACCCUCACACUAGGCCAACACCCAGUCGCACCUGGCCACCAGUCGAGACAACACCAAGGCCCCCAGUCACAGGUGCAAAUGUACACUGCUCUGCAGAACCAGCUCGUGGCACCUGUUCUGACUACACACAAAAGUGGGCCUAUGACACAGAAACUAGAAGAUGCAAACAAUUUUGGUACGGUGGUUGUGGAGGAAAUACGAACAGAUUCGACGAUGAAAGGGCCUGCUUGAAAGCUUGUCGGAAUUACAGGACUCCAACUGUUACCGACCCUCGCACCCGAAGACCAACACCAACAAGACCUGAGGUAACCCGUCCCCGAGUGAUAGCAGAAAAUGCUCACUGUUCCUUAGAACACGACCGCGGUUCCUGUUCUGACUACACCCAGAAGUGGGGCUACGACCCUGAGACUAGAAGGUGCAAACAGUUCUGGUAUGGUGGUUGUGGAGGAAACGAGAACAGGUUCGAUAGCGAUGGGGAUUGCCUGAGAGCCUGCCGUGAUCAUAGGGGACAAGUAUCCCCACGCCCUACAACAAGAAGACGAGGAUGUGCAGAUACCAGUUAUGGAUGCUGUGACGAUCGACGAACACCUGCUCGGGGUCCAAACAAGGAAGGAUGCCCUGAAAGAACUUGUGCUGCUUCCAGUUAUGGCUGUUGCCCAGAUGGAGUAACAUUCGCCCGUGGUCCCGAUUAUGAGGGAUGUCGUUUGAUAGGCGGAUGUGCAGGUACACGAUACGGAUGUUGUGCUGAUGGUGUAACAGCAGCUCGGGGCCAAGAUAGCCUUGGCUGUCCAGAGAGACAGACAUGUAGGGGUUCUCGAUAUGGAUGCUGUCGUGACGGAGUACGAGCUGCACAUGGACCGAACUACUACGGAUGUGAACCUCAUCCCGUGGCAGAAGGUGACUGCAUUUCUGACAAGGACAGCGGCACAUGUAGUGAUCAUACCAUCAAGUGGUUUUAUGACAGGGCAAGCUCAACUUGUCAGCAAUUCUGGUAUGGUGGUUGUGGAGGCAAUGGUAAUCGUUAUGAUACAGAAGAGGACUGCCGCCGUAAAUGUCACCAUCGGGUAGAGAGCCAUGUGGCAGCAACAACUCCAACAGCAGCAGAUGAUGUGUGUAAACUGCCAAAGGCUGUAGGAAACUGCCGGGCCAGGCAACUACGAUGGUACUUCGACCACGAGACAGUGAGUUGUCAGAAAUUCUACUACACUGGUUGUCAUGGAAACGACAACAACUUUAAUAGUGAGCAGCAAUGUGUUCAUCGAUGUUUUGCACCAAAUCCCAUCAUCCAAUUCACAAUACCACCCAAUGAGAAGGAACUUUCCAGAGAUCCCUUGGUGGUGUGUCAUUUGGGUGUCGACGCAGGGGCCUGCGAUGAUCAGUUUGUCAUGUGGUACUACGACGCUCAGGAGGGAGAAUGCAAACAGUUCAACUACACGGGUUGCUAUGGAAACAGCAACCGCUACAAAACAAAGCAGAGUUGUGAAGCUCUGUGCAACCGUGACAGUAAGUGAUGGAUUUUGCUCUACG